CGCGGGCCCCGCCGAGCGAGACCACCUGUGAGGGCUGCUGAGAUUGGCGGACGCGGUCAUGUGGGCGGUCACGUGCUGCGGAGAGCUCCGUCCAAAAGAAAAUGGGGUUUGGUGUAAAUCUGGGGGUGUAAUGUUAUCAUAUAUCACGCUACCUCGUAAAACCGACACUGAAAGCUGCCGGACAACAAAUCACAGGUCAAAAUUAUGAGUUCUUCGUAUUAUGUGAACGCGCUUUUUAGCAAAUAUACGGCGGGGGCUUCUCUGUUCCAAAAUGCCGAGCCGACUUCUUGCUCCUUUGCGCCCAACUCGCAGAGAAGCGGCUAUGGGGCGGGCGCCGGCGCCUUCCCUUCGACCGUGCCGGGCUUGUACAAUGUCAACAGCCCCCUCUAUCAGAGCCCCUUCGCGUCCGGCUACGGCCUGGGCGCCGAUGCCUACGGCAACCUGCCCUGCGCCUCCUACGACCAAAACAUCCCGGGGCUCUGCAGUGACCUCGCCAAAGGCGCCUGCGACAAGGCAGACGACGGCGCGCUGCAUGGCCCGGCCGAGGCCAAUUUCCGCAUUUAUCCAUGGAUGCGGUCUUCAGGGCCCGACCGAAAGCGGGGCCGUCAGACCUACACCCGCUACCAGACGCUGGAGCUGGAGAAGGAGUUCCACUUCAACCGCUACCUGACGCGGCGCCGCCGCAUCGAGAUCGCCCACGCGCUCUGCCUCACCGAGCGCCAGAUCAAGAUCUGGUUCCAGAACCGCCGCAUGAAGUGGAAGAAAGAGCAUAAGGACGAGGGUCCAGCCGCCGCCGUCGCCCCGGAGGGCGCCGUGCCCGCCGCCGCCGCCGCCGCCGCCGCCGCCGCCAAGGCCGACGACGAGGACGACGACGAGGAGGAUGAAGACGAAGAGGAGGAGGAGGAAUGAGGGCCGGAGCCGGGGCCCUGGCUGCACCAGACAGUCGGGAAAGCGUCUUUGGAGACUGAUUUUAUUUACGCAAGUCGGAAGGAAAAAAAA